ACUGUUAUUUACUAUUAUGAACAGAUAAAUAUAUUAAACUAAAGAAGCCAAAAGAAAUCAAACACAACAAAGAAGCAUUAAAAUAUCAAAGUGACAAUACUUCGAACAUAUCCAACUAACAUAUGAAAAAUUGCAUAAAUAUAUAUAAAUUACGUAAAAUUUAAGAUAUUUUCAAAAUAAGCAUAUCAACUAGUAUUUUUGGAAAUCAUAUCAACGAUGUCAAUUAAAUUAAAGAAAGUUGAGAAACAAAUUCCAAAGCUCUCGUCAUUAUAAUUUUAUUCAGUAUCAAUCACAUAAAUGUCCCAAAUCAUCGGGGUUCAUUUCAAAUCCCAAAAAUGGACGACGACGGUUUGGCAGUAGAAAUUCCGCUGAUAGUGACUCCGACGGCAGACAAAAAAACCCCAAAGAAACGAAAAAAAAGUAUCAGCGCCUCUUCCGGAAAAAAAUCCACGGAGAGCCGAAAGACGACCUCCUGCGCAAGUCCUACCGAUGAAUCGGGCCGCGGUACCUCUACCGAGCAACGGAAAAAAAGCACAGUGGGGGGUAGUUUAAAGUACGACAUUGGUCGCGAACGGUCUUCGAUUAUCGGGUUUCCGGUCAAGUGGAGUUCGGUACGGAUCAAAGGAACCGGUUAUGAGGACAGUACUAAGGUCAAAGUGGAACCGUGCAAUGGGAUGCCGAUGGGUGUGGACUAUGACAAACUAGUAAGUCCGACUACGAAUAAUAUUGGAAAUGUCCUUUCCUUGGGAGCCGAUGUCCUGCCCGAAUACAAACUACAAAAUCCCAGAAUACACACGUACACCAUCCUGCAUUAUUCACCCUUCAAAGCGGUCUGGGAUUGGAUAAUUUUGAUUCUGGUGAUGUAUACCGCUAUCUUCACUCCGUACGUAGCUGCUUUUCUAUUGGGAGAACCGGAUUUUAACAACAGGAAGAAUAAGAAGUACAGCGAGGAUCCGAUUGUUAUCAUUGAUUUAAUUGUCGACGUCACCUUUAUCGUUGAUAUCCUCAUCAACUUUCGCACAACUUAUGUUUCUGGAAACGAUGAAAUCGUCUCGGAUCCAGGAAAAAUAGCCGUGCACUACCUCAAGGGGUGGUUCCUCAUAGACCUCGUCGCGGCGGUACCGUUUGACCUUCUGUUUUUCGGUACGGAUACGGACGAGACAACAACGCUGAUUGGCCUGCUCAAAACCGCCAGACUGUUGCGAUUGGUCAGAGUCGCCAGAAAAAUCGACCGCUAUUCCGAGUACGGCGCAGCUGUUCUGCUACUUUUGAUGGCCACGUUUGCACUUAUUGCGCAUUGGUUGGCUUGUAUAUGGUACGCAAUUGGCAACGCCGAACGUCCAAACUUGCAUUCCAGGAUCAGUUGGCUCGACUUUUUGGCCAACGAUACCCAGCAACCCUAUUUAGCCAACGGUACAGGCGGACCGAGCAUCAAGAGUCGCUACGUCACAGCACUUUAUUUUACAUUCACCUCCCUCACCAGCGUCGGUUUUGGUAAUGUGGCGCCCAACACGGAUGCGGAGAAAAUCUUUACUAUUUGUGUGAUGUUAGUGGGAUCUCUGAUGUAUGCCAGUAUCUUCGGUAACGUAUCGGCGAUCAUCCAAAGACUGUACUCGGGCACGGCCCGGUACCACACGCAAAUGCUGCGCGUGCGUGAAUUUAUCCGUUUCCAUCAAAUACCCAAUCCGCUGCGCCAACGACUCGAAGAGUACUUCCAGCACGCUUGGACCUACACGAACGGUAUCGACAUGAACUCGGUGCUGAAGGGGUUUCCUGAAUGUCUGCAAGCCGACAUCUGCUUGCAUUUGAACAGGAAUCUUUUGCAGAACUGCGGAGUGUUCGAGGGAGCGAGUCCAGGGUGCCUCAGAGCAUUGUCGUUAAAGUUCAAAACAACCCACGCGCCUCCCGGAGACACAUUGGUCCAUCGAGGAGACGUUUUAACGUCGCUUUACUUCAUUUCAAGAGGCUCAAUCGAAAUCUUAAGGGACGAUAUUGUGAUGGCUAUUAUUAGCAAAUUUGAUAUAUUUGGAGAAAAUCCUUGUUUACAUAAUACAAUAGGAAAGAGUGCCUGUAAUGUCCGAGCACUAACAUACUGUGAUCUACACAAAAUCCACAGAGACGACCUAUUGGACGUUCUCGAAUUAUACCCGGAAUUUUUCAAUCAUUUCCUAACCAAUUUGGAAAUAACUUUUAAUUUAAGAGAUGAAGAUCAAGCUGGAGUUGUACCAAGAAGAUCUUUCUACCCUAAAAAUAAAGAGUGUAGAUACUUUAGAGGCGUGCCAAGUGCAAGAUCAAAUGGUUUGAGUUCGAGAGGAAAUUCUGUGAAUGGCAGACAGGAGAGUCAAUAUAGCGAUGAAUCCGAGUCAGGUGAAGAAACUUUCUUAUUUUUAUUUAACUUGCAUUUCGCAGGAAAUGUUCCAUUGUCAUCACUAUUCAAAAUAAACUCUUCAAUUCCCAGUUUUUCUUCUUGUUGUUAG